AUGCCGCCCGGCGCAUUCCGCGCAGCCGGGUCCACCAGCGCCCCGUUCGCCCCAGCUCCGCCACCAGCCGCCGCCGCCUCAUCAAACCCGCCCUCUCGCACACGCGCACCGCCGCACGAGGGCCACAGGGGCAGGGCAGAGAUGCCCGGUGCCGUCGCCGGGCAGGUCGUGCCCCUCGGAGGCGCCGCAGGGCUCAAGGUGGGCUCGAAGGACCGGCCUCUGGCUGCUCGCGAUGGCUCGACCAUGCUCCGCCCCUUCUCGACCCCGACCCCGACCUCGACCUCGACCUCGUCCCGCCCGCGCUCGCCCCUCGCUGCCCUCCCGAACCACACCGCCGCCGCACCUUCAUCCGCCUCGGCCACGCUCGAGUCCAAGUCGAGCGAGGUCAUCACGUCGUCCCACUUUGGCGGCGCGACGUCACGCCCCUCGUCGACGACCAAGCCAAAGCCCAAGCCCGCCGCCGCCGCCGUCGUCGUGCCGAGCAAGCGGCCCUCGCCUACCGCGAGUCGCACUCGCGACACCACCAAGGGCCGGGAGCGCGCGUCCGUCCACGUCAAGGCCGAGGCCGACGACGAGGUCGACCAGCUCGCGAGCGACAACGACGACGACGACGAGGCGGGCGCGCUCGAGCCCGCAGACGAGAACGUCCCGCCCUCGGCGCAGCCGCCUCGUCCCGUGCACGCGGAGCACGAGCAGGCGCACGGGCUCGAGGCGCACCCGGCCAAGAAGGCGCGCACGUCGCUCGACUCGGGCUACGACGAGGCGCUUGUCGGCGGCGCCGCCGGCCCGCCUCCUCCUCCUCCUCGCGGCGGCCCAGGCGGCCCAGGCGAUGGCGCGCAGGACAUCGAGGUCGAGGUGCCGGAGAGCGAGCAUGGCGAGGAGGAGGGCGCGAUGCUGCGCGAGGACAAGGAGGAGGUGGUGGUGGGACGUGCCGCGGCGCAGGCGCUGCCGGGCGCGGUCGUCGCGGGCUCGUCGGCGGGCAGGGUGUCGAGGGUCGGGCAGGGGCUGUCGUCGAGUGGGCAGACGACGGGCAGCAGCACCGAGACCGACAACGACGUCGACACCGUCGCGCACAAGCUCCUGUCGCUCACCGAGCGCCGCGCCGUCGUCAUGGAGGAGUUUGUCGAGAUUGCGACGAGCGGGACGGGCGUGACGGCUGUCGGACGCGAGGAGGGCGAGGUCCGCGUCUCGCUCUCGUACCUCGACGAGCGCAUCCUCGAGGCGCGCGCGCAAUUGGCGGCCCUCGGCGCCGCGCCGACCGACCUCCAGCUCGCGACCGAGCAACGCGCGACGACGCUCGAGGAGCUCGCCGAGGUCGUCUCGACGGGCCUGCGCAGCCACGCCGGCAACGACGAGGAGUUUGUGCGGCACAUGCUCCUCGCGUCGUGGAUCAACGAGCUCGACACGUUCGCCGGUACCGGGCCCGCAAGCCCGCGAGGUCGUGCGGCAUGA